AUGCGCGAGCUGCUCCAUCUGCAGGUUGGUCAGUGCGGAAACCAAAUAGGUUCCAAGUUUUGGGAAAUAAUAUCGGAUGAGCAUGGAAUCGAUAACACUGGUGCCUACCAUGGUGAAUCUGAUGAGCAACUAGAGCGAAUCAACGUCUACUACUCAGAGGCCGCCGGAGGCAAGUAUGUUCCACGAUGCAUCCUCAUUGAUUUGGAGCCGGGUACCAUGGACAGUGUCCGGGCCGGGCCGUUGGGUGGACUCUUCCGUCCCGACAACUUCAUUUUCGGACAGAGCGGAGCAGGCAAUAACUGGGCCAAGGGACACUACACAGAGGGUGCGGAACUUGUGGACUCUGUGCUGGAUGUGCUUCGUAAGGAGGUCGAGGCUUGCGACUGUCUGCAGGGCUUCCAACUCUGCCAUUCUCUCGGUGGAGGCACCGGCUCGGGAAUGGGAACCCUGUUGGUGUCAAAAAUGCGUGAGGAGUAUCCGGACAGAAUCAUGAUGACCUUCUCAGUCGUUCCCUCCCCCAAGGUCUCCGACACGGUCGUUGAACCCUACAACGCCACUCUUUCCGUCCACCAACUCGUCGAAAAUACAGACGAGACCUUCUGCAUUGACAAUGAGGCCCUCUACGACAUCUGCUUCCGAACGCUGAAGCUACCCAACCCGAGCUACGGUGACCUGAAUCAACUGGUUAGCCUUACCAUGUCCGGUGUGACCACCUGCCUGCGUUUUCCUGGCCAGUUGAAUUCCGAUCUGCGCAAGCUGGCAGUCAAUAUGGACGUGGAGGAUCAGAUGACCCUGACGCAACAAAAAAAUGCCUCCUACUUUGUCGAGUGGAUCCCCAACAAUGUGAAGACUGCGGUCUGUGAUGUGCCCCCGCGUGGCCUCAAGAUGUCAGCUACAUUCAUCGGCAACACCACCGCCAUUCAGGAGCUCUUCACUCGCGUGAGUGAACAGUUCUCGGCCAUGUUCCGUCGCAAGGCCUUCCUGCACUUCUACACCAGUGAGGGCAUGGACGAAAUGGAGUUCACAGAGGCUGAGUCAAACAUGAACGACCUGGUGAGUGAAUACCAACAGUACCAGGAGGCGGGUAUCGAUGACGAGGAGGGCGAAGAGUACGAAGAAGGCGAGGAGCAAGGGCAGCAGGAGGAAGCAGCACAGUAA